CUGUUCAGUCUCUUUCUCCGUUCUUUCCUCAUCUUCUGCACCUAAUCUGGUGAUUCAGACGAUCUUGCACGCAUACCCUUGCGUUCUCGCGGAUAUGAGCACUACCACUCUCACCCAGACAGGACAGCAACCCCUGGGUAGUGCGGUACCCCCAUUCACGGCACAUGCUAUCUCAGUGUCGCUUCCGACGUGGAGAGACAAUGUCGGUUACGAGGAAGGCGAGAAGCGUGUCGUAGAUGCCAUGGUCUCGGGAUACCCACGCUUCUUCAUCCAUCUAAGCAUUCAGAAACUCGCUAAAAUCUGCGAACAAAAGUUCGGUGUGCCCGGCGAAGCCUCCCUCCUCUGCCCCACCCGCCGCAUCGCCGAGAACUGCCGCGCAUUCAUGCUCGAUCGCGCCGCUAGGUCCAGCACCCCAACUCCUACAACUCUCAAUGUCCGCCUGGUCCAGUUCACCAUCUGCCCCGACGUAGAUGAUGAUGGCCCGUGCGCCGAGCUCCACAUUGUCUUGUUUCCCAAGGACGCCUUUCCACUCGCCAAGCAGUUUUGGCAGCAUACCGGGCUCUGCGUCUCCUCCCGAUUGGCGGAGCGCUGUCUCGCCAUGCUCAAGGAAGACGUGACUAGCCCCGCGAGCCCGACGAGCCCGACGACGCCCUCGAGUCGGGCCCCAGUGAAGCCGGGGAACCGGCACUACGCCGCGAAGGGCUUCACGAACAAGUCCCCCCCGACCACACCAUCGGCAACGCAAACACGCUUUACCAGCACCGAUAUUCCGGAACCAUCCGCCGAGCUGCUGAACAAGGACCACAUCACGUACCUCGAGGAGCGCUAUGGGCGCAACAUGCCACUCUCCUCUGCGGCCGCGGCCAAGCGCGCGCUCCGCCGCCGCAUCGCAGGGGUGCUCGUGCGCGACACCCCGAGCGAUUGGUCGACCGCGGGCGGGCAGGAGGCGCAGUUGGGCCCGAGCACGCGCGGGGUGGAGGGUGUGACAGAGGAUGAUGUUUUCUUGUACGCGACGGGUAUGUCGGCAAUAUGGAGUGCGCACCAGCUUGCCCUUGGAGCGCGGCCGGUGGCGAAGAGUGUUUGUUUUGGAUUCCCGUACACCGACACCCUCAAGAUCCUCGAGAAAUGGGGCCCUGGAUGCCACUUCUUGGGACACGGGCUGGACAAGGACAUCGACGAGCUCGAGGCGAUCCUCGAGCGUGAGUCCAAGACGUCUUCUGGGCCCCCAAUCCUGUCCUUGUUCACGGAGUUCCCGUCGAAUCCGCUCCUCCGCGCAGCGGACCUGCCGAGGCUGAGGAAGCUCGCGGACAAGUACGACUUCCUCAUCGUCGUGGACGAGACGAUCGGCAACUUUGUGAACGUCGAGGUCCUACCCUAUGCGGACAUCGUCGUCAGCAGCCUCAGCAAAAUCUUCAGCGGGGACGCGAACGUCAUGGGCGGUAGCCUCGUCCUGAACCCUCACGGGCAGCACUACGCCGCGCUGAAAGCGCACAUGGCCGCGACGUUCGAGGACUCGUACUACGACGAGGACGCGAUCUACAUGGAGCGCAACUCGCGCGACUUCCGCCGCCGCAUCGAGGUCAUCGAUGCCAACACCCUCGCCGUCUGCGAGUUCCUCCGCUCCCGUUCCCUCGCCGUCUCUUCUAUCUCGUCCCCGCCGUCUCACCCGAUUGCAGUGAAAGACGUGCACUACCCGCGCUGGGUCACACCAGAGCAUUACAACAAGUGUCGCGUGCGCGACCCCGUCACGGGCGAACCCAAGGGCGGGUUCGGGGGCCUCUUCUCGCUGACCUUCACCUCGACCGAGGCGAGCAAGGCGUUCUUCGACGCGCUCCCGUGCAUGAAGGGCCCCAGUUUGGGCACGAACUUCACUCUGGCGUGCCCGUACGCGAUCCUUGCGCACUACGCCGAGCUUGACUGGGCAGCCGGCUGGGGUGUCGAGGCGGGCCUGGUGAGGGUGAGUGUGGGCAUGGAGGAGAGAGGGGCGCUGUUGCGUGGUUUCGAGGAGGCACUCAAAGCUGCGGAGGCGGUCAUACCUCAGCAGAGCUAGAGUGCGGGAGGGAAUCCUCGACCUGUAGGCGUGAGGAUCUUGAGUGAGCUCGGGAGGGUCUUUGACCCGGAGCUGUAGCAUAGCCGUUCAACCGGACAUGGAGACAGUGUACAAGAGACAUGUAUCGUAUAGCUUAAAUACAGUCCCAUCCAACUGGUCACAAAGGAGCUGCAACGGAGGGCGAGAGCAAUAUUGCGAUGAUAGCUUCACGCAAUCUACAAAGCCAUGUAUCAUGUCCCGACGUCGUAGCCUACGGUCGGAUGCGAUUGUGGCGAGACGCUGAUAUCCACCACGCUCUCCUCCGCAUCCUCCCCGUUUUCACUCAACUGCAGCCCAAGUUUCUCGUUGAACGACGCCGGCUGACCCUCCACACGCUCUCCCAACUCCAACCCCAACUUCUUCUCUUCCACCUCCACUUCCCCUUCCUCCUGACCCUCAUCAUCACUCGCCGGCUCCUCGACGACUGCCCCCUCCUCACGCAGAGCAAGCCACGCGUGCUCGCGAACGGCGAGGUUCUGGCCCUGGCUGAUCGCCUUCACAAUUUGGCCUUCGUGUCGCGCGUGCAGUGUGCGGCGGAAGGAGCGCGUGAUGAACGUCGACAGGAUGCGCAGCGACCACUCUGGCGGGAUCUUAGCGAUCACGUCGAGCACGUCCAGGUUCAUGGCUUGCGAGUUCAGCAAUUUCGCCGUGCGGUCUGCCGUCGCCUCGCCGCCGCUCAUGUAGACUUCCAGGAGAAUCAUCACUAGAUCCUUCUUCACUUCCUCGUCCACCGUCUUCGUCUUCUUCAGCUGCGGCGCGCCCUUAGCCUGCCCCUGACCCUGCUUCCCAGGCGACGCGAGGGGCGCGACGAGCGCCGCCCACGGCUGCAGAUUCGACCGCUCCCCGAUUUGCUGUGCCGUCUUCGCAGGGACGACCUCCCCACCCAGCGUGCAGUAUGCUUCGGCGGACGUCGAGUCGUUGAGGUCGUGGAUGAGUAUGGAGAGCGCGGAGCGGUGGUUGCCGAGCUUUCCCUCGAGAAUGGCUAGCUCGAGCUUCAGGAUCUUGGCAUGGGCGUCAAGACGUGACCGAAUCGCUGCGGGGUCAUACAGAGUAGAGCCUUGGAGGAACAGUAUGGUUUUCAAUCGUGACCGCUUGGAUUCCGAGUCGGGUGUUGUUGUGGAGAAGUAGGAUAUGAAGGGGGUCUCGUUUCUGCUGGAAGUAUAUGACGCAGCUUUCGCUCUCCAAAGUUUUGAUAUUGAGUCGUCGGCCAGACAUGAUAGUAGUUGAUCGACAUAUGCUGCCGCAAGCUGUGAGUGCAACUCUGGGUCCGUACUUCGUCGCUGGAUGACGAGAUGUUCCAGAAGCUGGGCUCCAGCGGCAGGACUGGCUUCUCGUAUCUGCUGCAAUAAUGCCCUGUCGUCCUCCGCCUUCCGUUUUGCUGACAUAGUAGAUAGCAGAAGCUUCAGAGCACGCUCCGAAUCCUUCUUCAUCAGCCAUGGUAUCCAUCUCUGGAUCGGCGCCCGGUCUUUCUUUUCGCUUAGCAGGUCAAAUAUUCGAGUAAGCGGGUCCUGGACCUCCGUAUCUAUCCACUCCCCGUCCACGAGUUUAGACCACGCGUCCAGCAACUUGGCAUCAUCGCCAUGUUGCCGAUACAGCUUCGUGAGUACGCCGAUAUGUCGCGACUCCACGAGGACAGGCGCAAUCUCAGACAGCAGCACCGAGUUGGGCUGGUCAAUCAGCCCGUGCAAGUCGGGCAGCUUCCCAGCCGACACGUGCAGCUUCGCAAGCACUGUAUCCACGACCGUCCGCAAGACCUCUACGUAGGGUGUCGCCCCGUCCACGGCAAGCUUCCGCCGCCAUUUGCGUAAGAACGCCUCGAGCAUGUCGCGCGCGGUCAUGCUCAGGACAGCGCGGAGCUCGACCGCUGGGGGGGCUUCGCGCGUAUUCGGGUGGAGGUGCGGGGAGUAGUUCCUGAUGAUGUCGUCAACAGAAUCUUCCUGGGGCAUAUGUUCUGCCACACCGGCCAUGAUGUCCACGGUAUCGUCCUCGGUGAAGAGGUCUCCUCGGAGCUCGGGGUAAUAGCUGAUGAGUACGCGAGGAUCGAGCUCGCCUUCGUACAGUCGGUUCCCAGCAUCCUCAAACAGGGUCUCUGUGAAGCAUUGGAAGCCUAGCAGCUGGUUCACGUAGCGUAGCUCAUCGAGGUCAUGCCUGUCCACGUUGAGCAUAGAUUGCAGCUUCUUGCGCUGCUGCUCCACCAGGUCCGCAGCAUCUUCAAGUCUAUGCGCUAGCAAUAGUGCGUCCGCCUGAGAGAUGAGGGUGGAAGGUAGUAGUGCGUGAACGGUAUCCGAUCCAACGACAAGUACGUUUGCCCGUGGAAAAUUAGGAUAUUGUAGGGUAGCCAUUACAGAUGCAUGACAGAAAGCCGACUUGAUACAAGUUAAAUCCGAUACAAAA